AUGUCUGAAAUUUGCAAAGGCUCAGGCCAACAAGACGAAAAGAAUUUGGCCUCGAUGGAAUUUGCAAAAAUUUUGGAUGUGUGGAAAUCACGGAUUUUGUAUGAAAGUGAAUCAUUUGGAAGAACGCAGCUCAAUAGUUUGGAAGAUUCGCCAAAAGUAGACGCGUUUCUGCAAUUUCUCGAUAUUUUCGUAGAUGGUUGUCCAUACGUAAAUCAGCAUUACCUCAGCCUUCUAGGGCAAGUGUAUCUCAAUCACUUGAAAGACUUGUGGAAAGUUAGACCGGAAAAGAAUUUCGACCCUUCGGACACAUUCGACUACUUGGCCCAUUGUUGGGCAGCAGUUAAAGAUAGUCAGGGGGAUUUCCAAGCUCAAGCGUUUUGUCAUCCAAAACAGAGUAUUGAUUUUGCCGAUGGUCGGAAAGCCCUUGCGAUGGAUUUAAUGUUGCAGAGUGAUACAUUUGAUACAGUCAUUGAACAGAUUUGGCUCAUGCUUAACUUUGUUGCACCGUACUGCAGUCAUUUAGGUGAUUAUGCUACCAACCAAUGGGUAGAAUUUCCAGAAGUAUUUAAAAAUGUUUUCUUAAAACCAUUGGAAGCACAAUGGAUGAACCCUGGCAUUUGGGAGCGAGUUUAUCCAAUAAUGUUUCACGGCUAUGACAUUCAUGACCAAUACGCAAGAGUGCUGGCCUGUGUUGAAGGAGGACUUGACCUUGUCCCUCACAUGGACCCUGUUGGACGAACUUCGGGGUUCAACAAAAUAUUUUUUGAGAGCCGAAACAGUUCAUGGCCGGAAGAACCUUCCCAAGAAGCCCCCCGAGAGACUAGGGAAGCAGAUUCGGAAAAGUUGAAUGAGAUGGAAGAACCAGAAAAAAUUCCAGAAAUUCUCGAACCAAUUGUAGUGGAACCAACUGAGAAACCAAUCGAGGAAAUUCCAGACGAAGAGAAGGAAAAAGAGAAGCAGCCAAGUGGCAGAACAAUGUCAAAAGCAAAAGAAAAGAAAUACAAGAAACCUAAAGGCGAUAAAAAGUUUGGCAAUACUCCAAAGGAAAGUCAGGAUAAUAAUCAGGGACUAAAGGACGCCGGUGAAGAAAAAGUAGCUCAAAAAGAGAGCACAAAGAAGGAGAAAUAUCACGAGAAAGUUAAGAAGGGUAAAGAUAAGUCCAAGCAUAAGGAGAGCAAGAAUAAGAAACAGGACUCAUCAUCAUCGAUGAAAAAGAACAAGUCGUCUCAUCCAAAGGGUAGGUCGCAAUCCUUGAAGCCAAAAAGAAUGUCAGUACCACCAGCCCCAAAAUAAGGACGACGACCACGGCAUACAUAAUAUCGUCAUUUGUAUAAUUUCGUAGCAUUUAUAAAUCAAUAAGUAAAUAAUCAUUUUGUUAUUACACCAAUGGAUGGAAU